AUGAAGGCUCUCAUUCUUGUUGGAGGUUUCGGGACCCGUCUGCGUCCUCUGACUCUCACCCUUCCUAAGCCCCUGGUGGAGUUCGGAAACCGGCCUAUGAUCCUGCACCAAGUCGAGAGCUUGGCUGCUGCAGGUGUCACCGAUAUUGUUCUUGCUGUCAACUAUCGCCCCGAUGUGAUGGUUGCGGCUCUGAAGAAGUACGAGGAGCAAUACGGAGUCAACAUUGAGUUCUCCGUCGAGUCCGAACCGUUGGGCACGGCUGGCCCACUCAAGCUGGCGGAGAGCAUCCUGGGCAAGGACGACUCACCUUUCUUCGUCCUCAACUCCGAUGUCAUCUGCGACUACCCCUUUAGGGAACUUGCAGAAUUCCACAAGUCCCAUGGCGACGAGGGUACUAUUGUGGUCACCAAGGUCGACGAGCCCUCCAAGUACGGAGUCGUGGUCCACAAGCCCAAUCACGCUUCCCGCAUCGACCGUUUUGUCGAGAAGCCCGUCGAAUUCGUUGGUAACCGUAUCAAUGCCGGAAUUUACAUCCUGAGCCCCAGCGUCCUAAAGCGCAUUGAGCUCCGCCCGACCUCUAUCGAGCAGGAGACUUUCCCCGCCAUCUGCAAGGAGGGCCAACUCCACUCCUUCGAUCUCGAAGGCUUCUGGAUGGAUGUCGGUCAACCCAAGGAUUUCCUCACCGGCACUUGCCUGUAUCUUAGCUCUUUGGCCAAGCGCAACCCCAAGAUGCUUGCUCCUCACUCAGAGGCUUACGUCCACGGCGGAAAUGUUAUGGUCGACCCCUCUGCUAAGAUUGGCAAGAACUGCCGCAUCGGACCCAAUGUGGUGAUUGGACCCAACGUCGUGAUUGGCGACGGUGUCCGUCUGCAGCGCUGCGUCAUCAUGGAGAACUGCAAGGUCAAGGACCACGCUUGGAUCAAGUCCACCAUUGUCGGCUGGAACAGCUCUGUUGGUCGCUGGGCGCGUCUUGAGAACGUUACUGUUCUCGGAGACGAUGUCACCAUCGCCGACGAGGUGUAUGUCAACGGUGGCUCAAUUUUGCCCCACAAGAGCAUCAAGCAGAACAUUGAUGGUAAGCUCCCCCGAAACCCGCCUACGAUCUCGCAAACUAACAAUGAUAUUUCUAGUUCCCGCCAUCAUCAUGUAAUCUUCUUUACCUUCCUCUUCCUUCACGUCGCUAUGCCAUUUGAAAUACCUCCCUUCAACUCUCGUGCCGAUACCAUCCUUCUUCCCGCCCUUGUUGAUGCAUAG